AUGCCGGGUCUGGAGGACCCCCUCGGGGUGGGCCUGGGGCCCAAUGGGGGCUUUGCUGUGAGUGAGGAUUUGGGUACUGUUCAGCAGUACCCACCACCCCUGAGCUUCCCAAGGGGCCUGACGCCUGCCUUUGGUAGCCCAGCCUGUGUGUGCACUGAUUCAGAGGGUAAUGCUAUUGUGACAGACAAGCGCAGUGCCGAGCUGACCCUGUUUCCCUGGACUUCGGCACCCAUCUGCUUGGUGUUCCAGGGGCUGGGGCAGCCCUUGGGCAUGGCCUGGGUGCCCCAGGGCCAGCUCACGGUGGUGGAUGCAAGAGACAGCUACAUCAAGAUGUACCAGUGA